CUGAAUUCGAAUAAAUGCCAUGCGCAUAAAAAUGACAAUUGCGUGGGCGCGCCGUGCGCGUAAACGCAAAGCUUAACAAUCCUAAAUAAUGUAUUGGAUGUUCUAAAAUUUUCACGGAUCUGCCAAGUGUUGGGUGUUGGAAUUUUGAUUGUAGCAUGGUUCUUUGAUAGAAUGUAGUGAUGGAGUUUACUUUAUACCAUAGAAGAAAUGCCGUCCAGAAAAAUUUCCAUCAUAUAAGCAUCCCCUUGAACAAUAUGAUGCUUUGGAAAUGAGUGAUAAAAAGUUCAAAAUAAAGGAAGUCAGACAAACAAAACUGGUCUAGGGAUUACUUGGAAAAUGCAGAAUUAUGCAUAAUUUACUUUCUGGAACUUCUUGCUGACCUUCUCAAAGAAAAAUGUCAGUAGGAAAUGAAAAUAAUGAAGCAUGCUUUCAUUAUGAAAGUGAACGCUUCAAAUCCUUUGCUAGAUGGCCAAUCAAUUCUCCCGUUGAUCGAGCACGUUUGGCAAAGGCAGGCUUUUAUUAUUCUGAUCUCUGUAAGGAGACUGUUUGUUUCAGCUGCCACGGACAUGUUAAUAAUUGGAAUUAUGGUGACAUUGUUCUUAAAAAACAUGCUGAACUAUUUCCUCAUUGUGAUUUCAUCAACAAUCGGUCUAAUAACGUGCCUGCUGAUAACUGUGCUCUAAGAGAUGAAGGAAAAACAAAAAGCAAUCCUAAUGAAAUUUGCACAUAUUCUGAGAAAAAAAAAUUAUCCCACGCAAAUUUGUUUUCAGAGAGCGAGAGGUUGAAAACAUUUAUUGGAAAAUGGCCCGUUCCAUACAUUAGCGCAGCUGACGCUGCUCAUGCUGGGUUCUUCUAUCUGGGAAGUGGUGAUAAAGUUCAAUGUACUUACUGUAAAAUUAUUUUAAGUGGCUGGGAGUCUGGGGAUGACCCAUUAGAGGAACAUGUAAAACACUCCCCACAGUGUAAAUAUAUUUCUGACUUGAAGCAGCCUGAAGUUAAAAAAGUUGAUUCUUGGUAUGAACAGAACUCUCAGGAUGUUUGUGGCAACAUGCAUAAAACUUCAGAGUGUAAGUUAACAGACUUUCACAAAAGUCUCAAAAAUUCAAACAUGAAGAAUUUAGGUAUACAUCUACAUAAAGGCCCAACUUAUCCUCAACAAUCUUCAUUGAGUGCACGCUUGCGAUCUUUUUCUUCAUGGCCAAUCAACUCUGCUGUUUCAAAAGAACUAUUAGCAGAAGCUGGAUUUUUUUAUAUUGGAUUGAAUGAUCGUACAAAAUGUUUCCAUUGUAAUGGAGGGCUUUGCAGUUGGGAGUAUGGAGAUGAUCCAUGGGUUGAACAUGCUCGAUGGUUUCCCAACUGUGGUUUUUUACUUCUUAACAAAGGAAGUGAGUUUAUAGAGAAAUGGUCUAUCAAAUGUCUACGUUCAUCACCGUGUGAGUUUUCCGACUCACUUUCUUCAAAAGAUGUGAUGUGUAAAGUUGAUGACGCAAUGGAAUCUGACUUAGUGAAACAUGCGAUGGAGAUAGGGUUAUUCCCAUCUUACAUAAUUCGGGCAGCAAUUUUUCUUCAAGUAAAAGAAACUGGCUCUUCUUUUUCAAAUAUUGAUGAUUUGUGCAUUGCUGUGUCCUGUUUAAAGGAAGAAGUAGACAAAGAAACAUUAAAAAGGGAAGUAACUAUGAACAGUGUUCAUCCCUCAAUUGAUCCAGUUAAGGAGAGAGACAUCAAACCGAGUGAAAACAUCAUGGAUACUGAACAAAAACCACAUAUAAAGAAAGCCUAUUUCAAUGCUGAUUCUGAUUCAGGUACUACUUGUGAAGUUACUAAUGAAAGUACUCUGAAAGAUCGUUGCUUAUGCAAAAUAUGUAUGGAUCGAGAAGUUAGUAUUGUUUUCCUUCCAUGCGGGCAUCUUCUCGCUUGUACUUCAUGUGCUCCUGCUUUGCAGUGCUGUCCUAUGUGUAGAAAAGCAAUAGAAGCUACUGUUAGAGCUUAUCUAAACUGAAAUUUCUUUCGAUCAAGUUUAAUUUAAAAUAGAAUUGUGCAUUUUUAUCAAAUAUACUUAUGUUUUGCUGUAAAUAUUACUUGUAA